UACGUUAGUUUUGAUUGAAUAGAUAUUACAGUGUAGGCAAACAGUGUACUAAUAAUUUGCUUCUUAACUUUAAUUAGAUCGGAAUUCUUAAACAUUUAAACCUGAUUAAUAUAAAAUCAAGAGGUCAUGCCUGUUGGAAGAAAGCGGUGGAACCUUCAUGAUGGCCCGCAAGGAUCGUUGAGGAGGUUAAGGAACCAGCUAGCGGAGGAUGGAUGUGCAGAAUCGCAAGUGGUUUUAGCAAAGCAACUUUUAGAAGAAAAAUGUGAACUUGAAGCUGAUAAAAUCUCAAACUUCAAACAAGCACUAGAAUGGCUGAUCUGCGCGACGGAACAAGCGCAUCCGGAGGCUAGGAGAAUGUUGAGAAGGUGUAUACGUAGUGGGGUGAUAGACGAGGACAGUGCGGCGAUCGUCCGAGCUAAGUCAUGCCUUGCCGCCAGCCGCCAGGAGAUUGUAGCGCGGAAAGCGGCAAGGGAUUUAUUUGCUAGUUUAUCAAACGGUGAACAGUAUAUAACGACGGCGCAAUUGGAGCGUCGUAUUAGAGAAAUCUGCACCACCACCUUGCAUAAAGAGGAAGAGGAUAGUGAUACUCCUGAUGAAGAUGCAGAGGAAGGUAAUGCCUUGGAUGAGCAGGCGCUGGAACCUUCUCAGUAUGAAGCUGGAGAUCAGAUACACAUUAACGGAACAAUAAGGACCGCGCAAACUGAAGAUGAUUAUCACGAAGAAGUUGACCGUAGGCAUAUUCGUAACUUGACAGUUGACAAUUUAGUGUCAGCGGCUGUCGAUUACUGUCAAGGAGAGUUACCUCUAGUUAGCUAUGAAAUAACACUAACUGACCCUAACAUAAAAGCCCUAGAUCAUAUCCCUUUGUUCCAACAAGCAUUUUUACACCCAAUAGUUUUCCUACAAGUGUUAUAUCUUAAAUUACUCUAUUACUUCGGUUCUUUCUCAUUUAGGCUCUCAAAUAUCGAAUUAUCACUCCUUUUGGUAGCUUAUUUGUCAACUAAUACAGACAGUUUAUACCAUUUGCUACCUUUAUUAGUAUAUUAUGUUAGUUUUGUAGCGAUGGUUAUUUGUACAUUUAAAAUGUUGCUAGCUAAACGACAGUUUAUAGAUUUUAGGAAAUGGUCAGGUUUGUUUUUAAGGUAUAGUGACGGUAGUUUGCAAACCGAGGAAUCGGAGAAUUUAUUUGUGAGGAAUAAUUUGUACCCUUUUGUACAAUUCUUUAUAGCGUUGUUGAUAAAUUUGUUUCUAUAUCCGUUUAUUUCGACACAAUGGGUACCUUUUUCGGAGUUUUGUGUGUUAUCAUUUUGCUUGAUGUUUCUAACUUUGUUCUCUUUUGGAAGUAAUGGGAGUUUGUAUCCGGAUGUUUUGGCGUUAUUAUCCUUUGGUAUUAAUGUUUUGGCUAAAUAUCCUUAUGAAAAGGAUACUGUUGUCCAUCAAGGUUGGAGAUUUCUCGAUCUUCAUAUAUCGAAUUACCCAUCUUAUAUAUUAGGGAAUAGUAUUGAAUUUUGCUUGAAUUCUAGAGUGUUUUUUUCCUUAUUAAUUCCUGUAAUUUUGCUAUCGAUGGCUAAACGUAGUGAUUGGCAAGGUUUUUUUAAAUACACUCUACCACAUUGUGUGACGUUAAGUUGGUUGCAAAUGUUCAUAACUUGCUCUCACGGUUGUACUGCUUAUGGUUUGAUUAGGGGUACUUUAGCGUUGGUCUGUUCGUUCCUAUUUCUACCCUUGUUAGGUGUUAUUACGGUCACUUUGCCUGUAUUCGCGUUUCUGCAAUAUAUAACGCUUUCUAGACUGUUCUAUACAGUAUCGGUAUUGGUGGGUUUCGGUGUUAUUUUGUUGGUAACUUGUCUGUUGGCGAAGUCGGAAGCUACCAAGAAGUUUGUGACGCCGUUACAGUUAACUAUUGGUCUAAUGGCAUUACUAUAUUUGGGCAAUCAAAUAAUCGGCGACAUACAAGAUGACGGCUUUCCAUCAGGGCUUAUAGAAUUAAUAGGAGACGAUAAAUCCAGUAUAAAAAAUCUAUUAAAAGGUGAAUUUAUAACAGAUUACGAAGACAAUAAUUACCAAAUCACUUGGGAAGAUUAUUACAGUCAAUGUAAUGCGCCAUCUUGGACGGAAACCAAUAUGGCGGCCGCUCAAAUCAGAUGUUCCAUAUUAAAUGGUGCCCACGUAAAUUGGGAGGGUUAUAUCAGUGAAGUUAAGUUAAAAAGUGUUAAAAAUGUAUGGAGUGAUUUCGCUAGUUGGUUGCCGAGUUUCCUUCAAGAGUAUUUUAAAUGUUAUUACGGUGAAGAGUAUAGUAGUUUGUGCCAGAAUAGACCGGACUCUGUGGGUGGGUGCGAGUUUGUGAAAAGUGUUGCCAGGCAGAGCGGCAAGAUUUGCCAUUUGAAUAAUUUAAAUGAGUACAGUUAUGAAAUUAAAUUGACAAUGGAGGCUAGUGGGGGCUUGUUGAAGCGACAUGCGGAGAUUUCUAUCGAUUUCGAUCAUUAUUUUAGUAAUUACACACGUUUGUUACGAGCUGAUGAUAAAAUAAGCUUUAAAGGAAUUUUAAUUAAUGAUCAGAAUAUAUACGCAAUCGGUUCAAAAGAUAUUAAAAUACAAGGUUAUGAAAUAAAUUGUAUAGAAUGUAAAAAUAAUAGAGAUUCUAUAAGUGCUCCGAGACCGAUGGUGUCAAAAUUAACUAAAUUAUUUAAAACUAUAAUAAAUGAUUGUAUUGUUUCUACUAAAUAUAUAUUAAAUUUCUUAUUGAAUCCUGUGAUUGUUUUCAAAUAA